CUCCACCGCAGGCCCAGUUGCGGGCUCCAACCCAGGGUCCCGGGACGCUCUCGAGGGGACAUGCUGAGGCGGACUCUGGAAAACCGGGACGCCCAGACCAAACAGCUGCAGGAUGCGGUCUCCAACGUGGAGAAGCACUUUGGGGAGCUGUGCCAGAUCUUCGCGGCGUACGUGCGUAAAACGGCCCGGCUUCCAGACAAACCAACCUCCUGGUGAAUGAAAUCAAUGCUUAUGCUGCCACCGAGACGCCCAACCUGAAGCACGGCCUGAAGGUCUUUGCUGAUGAGUUUACCAAACUUCAGGAUUAUAGGCAAGCUGAGGUUGAAAGACUUGAAGCCAAAGUAGUUGAACUUUGAAAAGUUAUGGAACUAUUGUGAAAAUGAAACGGGAUGAUCUCAAAGCAACUUUAACAGCAAAGAGUCGAGAAGCUAAGCAGUUAACUCAACUAGAAAGGACGCAUCAACGGAAUCCAUCAGAUCGGCAUGUCAUAGUAUCCUUUCAAUUUUGAAGAAAAAAUUAUUUUGUCAUUUAGUUGAUAAAAAGGCAGAAACAGAAUUACAGAGAGCUACAAUGGAUGCCACCAGAACAAGUCGGCACCUGGAAGAAACAAUUGACAAUUUUGAAAAGCAAAAAAUAAAGGACAUAAAGAAUAUAUUUUCAGAAUUUAUAACUAUUGAAAUGCUGUUCCAUGGUAAAGCUUUAGAAGUCUACACUGCUGCCUACCAAAAUAUACAGAAGAUUGAUGAAGAAGAAGAUCUAGAGAUUUUUUGGAGCUCUCUCUAUCCACCUGACUAUUCAACUUGUUUAGAUAUUGUUCGAGCAAAUUCAAAAUCUCCUCUUCAGAAAUCUAUUUCUAUCAAGUGUAUAUCCGGAUCAGGACAGCAGAUUCCUACCACUCGGAUAAGAAAAGAUCACCAAGAUGACGAUGAAGAGGAUGAUGAAUUGGACGUUACAGAAGAAGAAAAUUAAUUUUAUAUGUGCUUUUAACAGUUCCCCUCAAAAUCAUCAACUUCAGCUUAUUAAAUGUGUCAAUUGCCCAAAAAAAGCAAUAAGAAAUUAACAUGUCUAUAUGUAUACAUAUAUGCACCAUUAACAGGUAUUUCAAAAGAAUCUAUUGGUUUUUUAAAGUAAAUGGUUUUUGAGGAAUUAACUUCAGAAUGGAAUGUGAUUAAAGGAAAUUUCUGUAGCCCCAAAAUUAAGUAGCUAAAAUGAAAAACAUGCCAUUAGCUUUGUUCUGUUACCAAGGUUAUGGUAUUUGUUUAAAUAUAAAUUUCAUUUUUAAAGAAUUUCAAAAUAAUUAUCGUGAGAGCUGUCUUUAAGCCAUUGUCAUAUCACACAAAUAAAUGUGACAGUGGCCAAAAAA